AUGGCAGCAACUCCGUCAAACCCACCCAACACCGCCUCCUCCAACUACCACGCCAUCACCGACCCGCGUUGGAAAGCCCUCGCAACAAAACUCUACAUCUCAAUGUGGUACCCAUCCGAAGCCUCCGCCUCCGAAUCCGACAUCCCCGACGACCUCGCAAUGCCAGCUGCCGGCUGUGUAACGCAAGAUUUCGAGAGGGCUCUGGGGCAGCUCGCGCAUGUGUAUGAAGUCGCACAAGAGAAGGGUGUCCCUAUCGAGCGGUUGCGCACGGCUAUGGGAUCUUAUGAUGUGCAGACACCCCAGGAGAUUAACAUGCGCAGUGAAGCGGAGGCAAGGGGGUAUGCUUUGCGGAUUUUGGGGGCGGGUAUUGCUGCGUCGAAGGCGUGGAAUGAGGCGAUGAGGAAGAUGAGGGAGAGGGCUGAGGAGAUGGGGGGGGCUUGA